AUGGCGAAUGGCUUAGGUGCCGCAGCUGGCGCAGGUGGCGGGGGUGGCGGGGGUGGCGGAGGUGGCGGGGGUGGCGGAAGCAACCCGCAGUUGCUUGGCGCGCAGCCGUCGUUACUGAGCAAUGGCGCGGCGCCCGGGGGGAGCUUCGAGGCGGAGAGAUUAAGGACUUACCGCCAGUGGUUCCACGAGCUGGACGCGCAGCGCAGCGAGUUAAUCUCCUCGGGCACCAAAGGCCCGGUUCUUAAGCUGCUGGAGUGCGAGAUACGGUGUCUGGAGGAGCUGGUGAUGCUGGGCACGAAGCUCGGCGCGCUGUGCUGCUCGCCCAUAGGCGCGGACGCUGCCAGGCUCUCUGCCCCCGCCGCCACUGCCAUCCCUGGCAAGCCCCGCCUAGGUGGUGGGGUGGACUCCUGGCCGUCCGAUGAUCCCCUGUCUCCAGUGGACGGUCUAGAUCUCUCGCUGGUCACUGACAUGCUGCUCCUCUCUGCCACGUCACCAUGGACUGUCUACGUGGCAGACAGGACAAAUUGGCGCCUGUGCUACGUGUCUCCCAGUGUGCGCGCCACACUAGGGUGGCGGCAGGCAGAGCUGGUGGGGGAGCAUGCCUUCGCAGCCUGCCACGCAGACGACCUGCCCCGCAUCCAGCGCAUGAUAGACGAUCGCCGCUUGACAGAAGAUCGGCGCAUGCUAGACGAUCGCCGCUCGCCGCCCCUCUCCCUCACGCCGCCCACCGCCUCUGCUGCCUCUCGUCUCUUCCGGUCCGGGUCGGCGGGGAGUCCCCGAGGGGUUGGGGUCGGGGAUUCGCUGGGUAGCAGUCCGGGCGGCAGUGCGGGCGGCGGGUGCGUCUUUUAUCGGCGGUUAAGGCGGAACAGGAGUUAUGCGACGGUGCAGGCCACUGGGAGGGCUCUGGGGGCAAGGUGGUUUGCAUGGAUCGAGUUUGUCACCGAUGACCCCUCUGCCCCUCUGUCGCUUGACAACUGGUCGUCCGAUCUCACCAUGUCCCCAUCCACGCUGCUCUCCCCCAUGGAGUCUCCUACUAGCCCCCACACCAUCGCCGCUGCUCUCAAGCGCCGCCCGGGCGGCAUGGGCGGCAGCAGCCUAAGCGCGGGCGGCUUAAGUGCCGGCGGCCUAAGUGGGGGAGGUUUAGGCGGGGGAGGUUUGAGCGGGGGAAGUUUAAGUGUGGGCGGUUUGAGCGGUGGUGGGUUAAGUGGCGGAGGUUUGGGCGGCGGGAGUUUAAGUACUGGCGGUUUGGGUGGGGGUGGGCUGAUUUCGGAUGACCUAGGGGGGCCUGGGGGAGUGGGUGUGGGUGGUGGGGGUGGUGGUGGUGGUAUUGUGAUCAGACUAGAGAUUAAAGACCUAGAGUCGUCAUUACGCCGCCGCCCCAACACCAGUGGAGGGGGGGCAUCAGGGGUGCUGGGUGGGAGUGGAGGAGGGGGGGGUGGCGGAGGCAGCAGCAGCAGCGGGGGCGGAUUGGGCAGCAGCGGGAAGGGGUUGGGGGGAGGGGGAGGGGGAGGAGGGGGCGGGGUGCUCGGGGCGAGUGGGGGAGGGGAAGGAGCAGAGCUGCUGUCUGCAUUCUCCUCUCUACCGUUCCGCACCCCUUCAGAAAUGGAAGAAUUCAGAAGGAAGCUUGAGACCAUGCGGCUGGACCUUGCUGGGGGAGGCGCUGGGAAGAACUGGGGUGGGGGGGGAGGCGGGGGAGGGGGAGGCGGCGGAGGAGGAGGGGGAGGCGCGGGGGGAGGUGCGGGGGGAGGGGGGAGUGGAGGGGAGGGCGUGGGGGGGCGGAAGGGGGAGAAGGCGUGGGGGCAGCACCUGGGGACGGUGAAGGAGGGGAAUGAGGAGAAGGGGGCGUAUGCUCGGCGGCUGUUGAACAACCUGUGGGAGUAUAAUAGUGAGAUGGACGGGCUCUCCAAGGAGUCCAGCCAGCAGAACAGUGGAGGGGGGGCAUCAGGGGUGCUGGGUGGGAGUGGAGGAGGGGGGGGUGGCGGAGGCAGCAGCAGCAGCGGGGGCGGAUUGGGCAGCAGCGGGAAGGGGUUGGGGGGAGGGGGAGGGGGAGGAGGGGGCGGGGUGCUCGGGGCGAGUGGGGGAGGGGAAGGAGCAGAGCUGCUGUCUGCAUUCUCCUCUCUACCGUUCCGCACCCCUUCAGAAAUGGAAGAAUUCAGAAGGAAGCUUGAGACCAUGCGGCUGGACCUUGCUGGGGGAGGCGCUGGGAAGAACUGGGGUGGGGGGGGAGGCGGGGGAGGGGGAGGCGGCGGAGGAGGAGGGGGAGGCGCGGGGGGAGGUGCGGGGGGAGGGGGGAGUGGAGGGGAGGGCGUGGGGGGGCGGAAGGGGGAGAAGGCGUGGGGGCAGCACCUGGGGACGGUGAAGGAGGGGAAUGAGGAGAAGGGGGCGUAUGCUCGGCGGCUGUUGAACAACCUGUGGGAGUAUAAUAGUGAGAUGGACGGGCUCUCCAAGGAGUCCAGCCAGCAGAACAGUCUGGAUUCCAACGAGGAGGUGCAGCAGAUUGUGAAGAUGCGCGUAGAAAAAUCAAGCUCACCCUCUCUCUCGCACCCUCCCCACUCCUCUUAUUCCCUUCCCACUGCGCCCUCCCAACAGCAGUCUGGAUUCCAACGAGGAGGUGCAGCAGAUUGUGAAGAUGCGAGUGGAGAUGGAGCGACAGGCUUCAGCAGCAGCAUCAGCCUCCCAUGGCUCCUGGGGGGAGCCCGAGGGGCGAAGUCAUUCACGGGGGGAUCAGCCUUCCUGGAAUCUCUUCCUGAGGACGACAAGAAACUCAUCCGCGGGUUCAAGGUGCUAGUGGUGGAGGAUGACAUAGUCAACUGCACCAUCAGCCGACAACUGCUGGAACUCCUCUCCUGUCGGGUCACGCUCACACGCAACGGCCGUGACGCACUCGACCUCAUGCGGGGCGGAACAGACCUGGAGUUGGAGGCGCAAGAGGCGGCGGUGGUGGCAGCAGGGGGCGCGGAGGAGGGCGCAGAGGUGGCACCGCAGUUUGACCUGGUGCUGAUGGAUCUGAACAUGCCAGUGAUGGAUGGGAUUAAAGCGGGAUCUGAUCUGAACAUGCCUGUGAUGGAUGGGAUCAAGGCUGUGGAGCAGUUCAGAGAGUGGGAGGAGCUGGCAGAGCCUCGACGGCAGGCCACACUGAUAUCCGCCGUCACUGCCAACGUCUCAGCCAUGGCUGCUGCAGCAGCAUCCUCGCAACUUGCAGCCACCGCGACUCGGAUCUCUGCUGCGACGGAUGCCAAUCGUAGCGUUACGGCGAGCGCCGCUGGGUCGAGUUUUUUUAGCGCGGUCACAUCAAGUAACGCAAUUUGUGCUACUAAGGCGAUGAGUGCUUUUUCGAGCAGCAGCGGCAGCGCAUGGCGUUGCAGCGCGGCGGUGCUGCGCGCGACAGGCGUUUGCACCGAGGAGCCCCUCCACUGCGCCUCCACCUCCUCUGUUGCGCAUCCGGGUGGGGGCUGGGGGGCGCGCGGGAGCUAUACGCGCGCGACACUCGGCCUGGACACGUGGCACUGCGCGAGGCCGACCCGGUGUUGUGCAUCUGUCGCCUCCGGGCGAGCGAUUACCAGGAGAGCAGGGGAAGGACCUGAAGCAGAGAUAGGUGACGAUAGUGCGGUAUCCAGACGUGCGUAUAAAGGGGGUGAGACAGAGGGCUUCGAUGAAAUCGACGGUGAGGAUUGGGUGGACGGCGACGCGACGGACGGCGACGAUGGAUGGCUGGAAGCCGGCCGUGUGGCGGCGCCAUCAGAUAUACUCGAUAAGAGCAGCAGCAGUAACGCGAACGGCAGCAGCACCAGCAGCACCAGCACCAGCACGGUUACGUCUAACCGCCAGUCGUGGUUGGCGGAGGGCGAAGGCGGGUCGGCGCCAGGGGGAGAGGGAGCCCCCGAAGGGCCGCUUGGGGGGAAGCUGGGGAACGCGGAGCGAAAGGAGCUCCGCGCUUAUGCGCACCGCAUGGGUAGCCGGAUAAGCACGCACCAGAUUGGCAAGUGGGGAGUGACAUCCACAGUCAUCACGUCCUUGCAUGAUGGCCUGGAGAAGCACGAACUGCUCAAGAUAAAAAUGUCUGACAACUGCCCGGAUGAGGCAUGGGAGGUGGGGCAGGUCUUGGAAGAGAAACUAGCAGCGCAGGUGGUGGGUUUGAUUGGUCGCACGGCGCUGCUGUAUCGGCCAAGCCUCACUAAGCUGGCAAAAGAAGAGGAGAUGGCAAAAAGGGAGAAAGAGCGUGAGAGAAGGAGGAGAAGAGGGAUGGGUGGAGGAUCGGAGCGGGGUGGAGGGAGGCGGGACUUUGGAAGGACGAGAAGGGAAAAUGGGGAGGAUGAACCGAGAAGUGCCGGUAGAGGGAGAAAUGCUGGAGUGGGGCGCGGGGGAGGCAGGCAAGGUCGAGGAGGGAUCCAGAAAAGGGGAAGGUAG